AUGGUGGACCUAGAGAAAAUCUACACUUUUACAUUGGAAUUGGAAACUAUGCAUGGGAACUACUUGCAAACCAGUCGCCUAUGGAGACGGUGUCUGCUACUGCUUGGCCUCGGGGGGUGCUCUGGAACAGCAUUCUGGCAUCCUCCCAGUUGUCUCCCCAUGUCUGCAUCCAUGCCCCAUUCUGUGCUGGGCUUCUGGGAACUACCACGAAGAGGCAUAGGAUGCACCAGCCAAGAGCAUUCUACCACAGGGCAGGAAGUGCAUGUCAUAAGCCUGCGCGGGGGAAUGCCGCCAAAUGCCCAGGUAACCCUGGUUCUGAGCUCAGAUCUCCCACACAGCGUUCCCAUAUUUGUGCUGCACUCCCAGAAACCUCUGCAUUGGAUGCUGCCAUCUACACCUGGAAAAAAUUGGACCUUCCAGGUUUCCUUGGGCUCCAGAGUCUCAGCACUGGGGCCAGUAGCUUCUGCUGAGAUCAACUUCCCAGGGACAACCAGGAGUUUGCUACAGUGGGCACGCAGAGAGCAUGGAGGGGUCACCUCACUGGCUGAGUACCAUGGAGUCAAUACAAUCUACACGCGUCUCAGAGCUGAUGGGAGUGCACCGGCAACCUGCAGGCUGCGUAGAAAUUUCUUAAAGUCUUCACAUUUUGCCUCUGAGCGCCGACUUCAACCUCUGAGAAUUUGCCUGAAUUCUGACCCACCUCAAGACCUUGAAGUUUACAUUAUCUUCUCCAAGGGAGUGGCUUCAAGGUGUGUGACCCAUUUGACUGUGGAGCUUCAUGCUCUUAAAAGGUCCCCACGUCGAGGUUUGUACUUGAUCCUGAAAAGUGAAGGAACUGCUGAAUGGAUGGUUCAUGCUCACCAUCUCACUGGCCAACUGCAUGUAUUGGCUUCACACAAAGUUGUAGUGAGCAGCACAGAAAUGGACCAGUCCCUGACUGUGACCCAGCAUACCUCCUCUGGACUGGCUCGUAUCAGAGAUCCUUUGCAGUGGGUUGCAAGGCAGAAGCUACCUGUGUUCACAUCCUACACUGAGGCUGAGCAUGUGAACAGAUUUCUUCUUAUUGUCGGGAUGAAUGGUGCCGCAACAGACCCUGAACCAUUUGGGCCCAGGUUUCUGCCUCCCACCACACCUGCUGAGACACAACAGCACUUAUCAGAGGCUGUAACAGUGGGCUGGGCAAGGAGGCAGGAGUCCUUGGCAGAGGAUAGCACUUCACGCCUCCUACUGCCCUCGGCCAAAACAGGUGCUGAAGAAGCAGAGCCUGUGCUGUGUCCUGGGGAACAGAAACCCAGUCGUAAGAACCAGGAUACCCAGAGUGUUUCCUGUGUCUCACUUUCCUCAACUCAGGUGUCUCCCCCAGAAGCUACUGUGGCCUUCCAGGAUCUUCCCUUUCACCUUGGUAAUGUCCUGCUCAGCCUUGAGGUCUACAACUCCAAGGCCUUUGCCAAGCAGCCAGGACCUUGUGUGGUCUCUGCUAACAGCCGAGUCUUUGUGGAGGCUGCUUUGGCUGCGUAUGACUUGUGUCUCGGCUUCACCAUCCAGCAGUGCUUCCUCUCUCCGUUCUCUGAUGCUUCACUGUCCUCUCCGUAUGUGCUGAUCCACCAUGGCUGUGCGGCUAAUGCUCAUGUCACUCUGUCAAGGUCUGAGCAAGCAGCCCGGGGCCAUGCAUUACCUCAAGGGUAUCAAGAACGUCAACGAAUGAGUUUUGUGCUCCAACCCAUCUUCAAUGACUCCAUUCAGUUCCUGCACUGCCACCUGACGCUCUGCAGUAGGGAGCCUUGGGACCCCACCAAACCCAAGGGCCCAAUCCCUAAGUGCCAGUCUGAGAAUGAGGCCUGCAAGGAGGAAGAGGAACUGGCCAGUGGACGCUUCCGGCGCACCAUCUCGAAGCCCAUCAUGGUGACUGUAGAGCUUCCACCCAGAGCUGCAGCUCCAAAUCUGAGGCCAGAUAAUUUCCUGCUCAACCAGCAAGGAAAGGUACUGAAGGAUAUAAACCGCUCACGGAAGUUGCAGCCUGUCCCAAUUACAGCUGCCCCACACCUAGAGCUCCCAGCAGUAGUUGGCAUAGCCUUCUCAGCCUUUAUCAUCGGCAUCUCCCUCACUGGUGGGCUCUGGUUCAUUCAUUCCCAGGCAGGGAGAUGUGAGGCUGCCCGCAGUGCCACAGAUCCUGAAGAAGCAGCAGUUCCAAAGCCUCUGGCUAUCCCCUCAGUUCCAACUGCAGCUGGCUCCGCACUUGGUUCUCCACCUUAA